AUGUCUUCCCGGCCGGAUCUCAGGGUUGAUGACGAAGUCGGUUUUAUCCGCUUCUACCGUUCCCUUUCAAAAGAAAGCAACGAUGAAACAAUUCGUGUAUUCGAUCGCGGAGACUGGUACUCUGCCCAUGGUGCGGAGGCCGAAUUCAUCGCUCGCACCGUGUACAAGACCACAUCGGUCCUGCGUAACCUCGGCCGCAGCGACACCGGCGGCCUUCCGUCUGUGACCAUGAGCGUGACUGUUUUCCGGAACUUUCUUCGCGAAGCCUUAUUCCGACUGAAUAAGCGUAUCGAGAUCUGGGGCUCUGUUGGCACAGGCAAAGGUCACUGGAAGCUGGUGAAGCAGGCUAGUCCGGGGAACUUGCAGGAUGUGGAAGAGGAGUUGGGUAGUGUGGGUGGGCUUUCCAUGGAUUCGGCCCCUAUUAUCCUGGCAGUGAAGAUCUCAGCCAAGGUGUCGGAGGCGAGGAGUGUGGGCGUGUGCUUUGCGGACGCCAGUGUGCGGGAGCUCGGAGUGAGCGAGUUUUUGGACAACGAUGUCUACUCCAACUUCGAGUCCCUUGUCAUUCAACUCGGUGUGAAGGAGUGCUUGGUACAGAUGGAUACUAGCCGGAAGGACGUCGAACUGGGCAAGAUCCGAGCGAUUGCAGAUAGCUGCGGCGUCGCUAUCUCGGAAAGACCAGUUGCGGACUUCGGUAUCAAGGAUAUUGAACAGGAUUUGACUAGGUUGUUGAGAGAUGAGCGGUCGGCAGGAACAUUGCCGCAGACAGAGUUGAAGUUUGCGAUGGGUUCGGCAUCAGCUCUGAUCAAGUAUCUUGGGGUUAUGUCCGAUCCGACAAACUUUGGCCAGUACCAGCUCUACCAACAUGACCUGUCGCACUUCAUGAAGCUGGAUGCUUCUGCACUGAGGGCGCUCAAUCUCAUGCCGGGUCCGCGGGACGGGUCGAAGUCCAUGAGUCUAUUCGGCCUUCUGAAUCACUGCAAGACACCAGUUGGAGGACGACUACUGGCGCAGUGGCUGAAACAGCCACUGAUGGAUUUGAACGAGAUUGAGAAACGGCAGCAGCUUGUGGAGGCUUUUGUCGUGAACACUGAGCUCAGACAAACCAUGCAGGAGGAGCAUCUGCGCUCCAUACCGGAUCUGUACAGACUCGCCAAACGGUUCCAGCGCAAGCAGGCUAACCUGGAGGAUGUGGUGCGAGUAUAUCAAGUCGCAAUCCGCUUGCCCGGUUUCGUCGGGUCACUGGAUAACGUUAUGGAUGAGCAGUACCAGACACCUCUAGAGACAGAGUACACGGCGAAGCUCCGAGGUCAUUCUGACAGUCUAGCCAAACUGGAAGAGAUGGUGGAAACUACAGUGGAUCUCGGUGCGUUGGAAAAUCAUGAAUUUAUCAUCAAGCCUGAGUUCGACGAGAGUCUGCGAGUAAUUAGGAAGAAGCUUGAUAAGCUUCGACAUGACAUGUAUGUGGAACAUCACACAGUUGCUCGAGAUCUCGAUCAGGAAAUGGAUAAGAAGCUAUUCUUGGAAAAUCAUCGAGUGCAUGGUUGGUGUUUCCGACUGACUCGCAAUGAGGCGGGCUGCAUUCGGAACAAGCGAGAGUAUCAGGAAUGUUCGACGCAGAAGAACGGUGUGUACUUUACGACUUCGACUAUGCAAACUCUCCGGCGGGAGCAUGAUCAGUUGUCCUCCAACUAUAAUCGCACCCAGACCGGGCUAGUGAAUGAAGUCGUCAACGUUGCCGCCUCCUAUUGUCCUGUUCUGGAGCAGCUUGCUGGUGUCCUCGCACACCUGGAUGUCAUUGUGAGUUUUGCACAUGCAUCUGUCCAUGCACCAACAUCCUAUGUCCGCCCUAAGAUGCAUCCGCGAGGCACAGGCAACACAGUGCUGAAAGAGGCACGUCACCCAUGUAUGGAGAUGCAAGAUGACAUAUCGUUCAUCACCAACGAUGUGUCUCUGAUACGUGACGAAUCAUCCUUCCUCAUCAUCACCGGUCCCAACAUGGGCGGUAAAUCGACAUAUAUUCGGCAGAUCGGUGUGAUCGCACUGAUGGCUCAGACCGGAUGUUUCGUGCCAUGUACCGAGGCGGAGCUGACGAUCUUUGAUUGCAUCCUUGCUCGUGUAGGUGCCAGUGACUCACAGCUCAAAGGUGUUUCAACUUUCAUGGCGGAAAUGCUCGAAACCUCCAAUAUCCUAAAGUCCGCAACGUCGGAGUCACUAAUCAUCGUUGACGAAUUGGGACGUGGCACUAGCACAUAUGAUGGAUUUGGUCUAGCAUGGGCCAUUUCGGAGCACAUCGUCACUGAGAUCCGCUGCUUCGGUCUCUUUGCUACCCACUUCCAUGAGUUAACAGCUCUUGCUGACCGGUAUCCUCAGUCGGUCAAGAACCUUCAUGUGGUGGCCUUUAUCGGCGACAGGACAGAAAACGGCAGCGAGGAAAAGAAGGAAAGGCAGAACCAAGUCACUCUGCUGUACCGCGUCGAGCCUGGGAUCUGUGAUCAAUCAUUCGGUAUUCACGUUGCGGAAUUAGUUCGCUUUCCGGAAAAGGUUGUCAACAUGGCUCGUCAGAAGGCAGAGGAACUGGAAGAUUUCACGACGUCUGAUCAGCAGGGGCAGCAGUCGGCCAUGGCAAUCGACAAGUGUUCUCCAGAAGAAGUUGAGGAAGGCAGUGCCCUUCUCAAAGAGUUGUUGAAGAAAUGGAAGGCGGAGAUCGAGUCCUCUGGGAAGGAGCUGACCGUGGAGGAAAAACGUCAGAUCCUCCGGGAUCUUGUCAAAGCUGACGAGAAAUUGCAAGGGAAUAAGGUCUUCCAGGGCAUCAAGACUCUAUAA